AUGUCCGGCUACAAUCAAACGUUCUCACACGACCAGUCCCAGGCUCUCGAUAUCGCUGCCAGGGUAUCGUCAUGUCUGUCUCUAUCGGGCUCGUCGUUCACGAUAAUCAGCUUCCUCAGCUACCCGCCGCUGCAAAAGCCGGUCAACCGACUUGCCUUUUCCAUCGCCAUCGCCAACAUCUUCGGUUGCCUUGCAUAUAGUUGGGGCCAGUACCCUAUCAGGGCUGGCAGGAGUUCUGCCUGGUGUCAAACGCAAGGUUUUUUUAUUCAAUGGUUUGUGAUGACGGACCCGUUAUUGGUUAUGAUCAUGGCGUUUAAUGUGCUUCUCACGGUUCGGACGAAGAGAAAAGCGACAGAGUUGAAAAAGAUCGACCUCUAUGCCGUGAUACUGGCGUUUGUUUUGCCCUCAAUUCCGGCCUUGGUUUUCUUGUGCUGGAGGCCCGAUGGAAAGACCUUGUAUGGGCCCGCGACGAUGUGGUGUUGGAUCGGCCGGGAGAAAGAUAUUCUCCGCCUAUAG